GUGUUAGACGAGUUACUUCAGAGCUCAGAGACAGAGUGUUUGGUCGUGUGCCAAGCCUUGGCCAAUCAGCUGAGCCGACCAAAUGAGAUCAAGUUUGUGCUCAGCUUCAUCCUGCGGUACCUGAGCCAGCAUCUUCUCCCCGAUGAUGUUGAGGACCUCAGGCUGAGGCGUAUUGGGGCAAAGGCUCUCAUGUGCAUCCCUGCUAAGAUCCAAGAUGAGUACAGCCACCUCCUUGCUUGCCCACAUCUUAUCUUAGAGCAACUGUUAAUGAACAUGAAGGCGGAGCUGGCUGGUCAGAUCUUUGAGCAGAUCAAGCCUGACUUUGUGGAAGUGCGGGAGCCCAAGCUGCGCAUGGCUCAAGAGCAGUUCAACGCCCUGCUCACAACCUAUGCCCGUAAAGCUGUGGAGGUUACUGUGGUGCAAGUACAAGAGUACAAGUCACGCAGUGAGAGUGCAGCAUCCAGUGGCUCUGGACAUCUUGAGGAGUCUGAGAUGUUGACCAGCACAAUGAGGCGGUCGUAUGACAAGCGGAGAGUUUCACCCACCCUGAGCUUGGCCAGCACUCAGUCGGCCCGGCCUGACGCGACGGGGCGAGUGGGUAUGAGGCAAAAGUCAGCUUCUGCCACAUCCGCCAACACUGGCAGCCGUUUUGUGAUGCCUGCCCAGCCUCCAACACAAGACCAGUGGGUGCCUGACGAUGCCACAGCUGUCUGUAUGGUGUGCACUGUUGAACGGUUUAGUAUGUUCAACCGGCGCCAUCAUUGCCGUCGCUGUGGCAGAGUUGUUUGUGCUGCGUGCUCGACCAAACAGACCAUCGUCUUUGGGGUACCUGGCCGUACAUGUGACGAAUGCUUCGAGCAGCUUCACACCUCAAGUGAGCACCGGGCCCAGGAAGAGCAUGAGAUUUACAGUCAGAGGAUCAAGGAGCGUUUGUCGGGUGCUGGCUCCGGUGCCACGCCCACCAGCCCUGGCAUGUUCGCCUCCAGCCCAACUCCACUUGACCUCCCCGGCCUGUUGAGUGCUGACCUGCUCAAAAAGAACAUGACUGCAGCAAUCCAACAUGUGCACCACUCAUGGAAGCUUCGACCAGACACAGCGUUUUCGGACCAAGUCCGCUCUGAGUUCUACUUUGAGCAA